AUGGAGAACAACCACCGCCGUGAUGAUUCGCCGUCCGGUUUGUCCGAUAUUGUCGAGGGCGACGGCCUGCUGGGCACCGGCCUCACGACUCGGCAUAUCGAAGCAUUCGGGCGAAAAGUCACGACGACCGCAGGACAUCUAAUGGGACCCGGCGAACAGGGCCACGGCAGUCACUAUCAUAAUGCUCUGACGGACAUCCACCGUGAGCUGCGCCGGCCGACAGCCCAGCGCAAGGUCUUCACUUUGACCCAGACAACUCCGACCGACUUGGUCAGGUCGAAGCUGUCAACAGCGGAAAUCCAGUCGCGUGCCGUUUCAUCGCUCCCAGACGACCUCCUCGAUAACCUCCCCGAAGACACCAGCUCCUACUCCCUAUUCCAAGGUUUCCAGGCCUCGCUCCCCGAAGACCAUCAUGCACAUAAGAAACACCGAAGGCGCACCUCUAAGGGAGGCAAGCUGCUCAAGGACAGUGAGAAAGGCGGGCUUUUGACAACUGGCCCGGGUGCGCUGAAGGAAGAGCGAAGGGUGCUCAAUCGCCGACUCGAGACCAUGGGCGUCCGCAAGAACAUGUGCAGCGCCGAGAUUCACGAGAUCGACAACAAAAUUGCCAACUUACACAAAAUGCGACAGAUUGUCUUGGAUCGGUUGGCUGGCCUAGAAAUGGACGAGGCGUCAUUAGAACACGAACUUACGGAACUUGAUAACAAGCUUGACGACCUGCAAGAAGAAGAAGAAGCAGAAGCAGAAGAAGAAACGCCAGAUGCUUCUGUCGCAGCCGAAACCUCCGAUUCCUCAGAAGUCCAGGAUGAUUCCAUUGCAUCCUCAGGUGACCCAGCCAUGGAUGCGUCGUUCAUGUCGGAAUCGAUCUAUGAGAAGAUCCCAACACCAUCACCCAGAAGCUUGCGACAUCGCUCCAUACGCAAACGAUCGAUGCCGAUUCUCCACGAGCAUUUCGCACCAGGCUCCCUGAUCAAAGAGAUUGAAGCUCACACCGACAUGGUCACUGCGAUUGACUUUGACUAUCCAUUUGGUACCAUGAUCAGUGCCGCUUUAGAUGAUACUGUGCGGGUCUGGGACAUGAAUGUUGGCCGAUGCUCGGGAUUGUUGGAAGGCCACAACGCCUCCGUCCGAUGCUUGCAGGUGGAAGACAACAUUGUUGCCACUGGAUCCAUGGAUGCGUCUGUUCGGCUAUGGGACUUGAGCCGUGCUCGGCCCGCGACUCGAGACAACCGACUGAACAAGCAUGAGCGCGAUACUGAAGAUGCCGAGACGCACUUCUCCCCUGUGCCUCCGUCCUCGAAUUUGGAGGACUGCCAUGUCUUCACACUCGAUGCACACGUCGACGAGGUGACUGCCCUUCACUUCAAGGGCAACACCCUCAUCUCCGGUUCCGCAGACAAGACCUUGCGUCAAUGGGAUUUGGUCAAGGGACGCUGCGUCCAAACAUUGGAUGUGAUGUGGGCGGCUGCCCAGGCGUCUUCGACGAUGACGGGCGAAGGGAAUUGGCGCCCAUCUGGCCGUCUUCCAGACGCCUCUGCCGACUUUGUUGGUGCCAUUCAAUGCUUCGACGCGGCACUGGCGUGCGGUACAGCUGAUGGUAUGAUUCGCCUUUGGGAUCUUCGUAGUGGCCAAGUCCACCGGAGUCUCGUUGGACAUACUGGCCCUGUUACAUGUCUGCAAUUCGAUGAUCAGCAUGUGGUGACGGGCAGUCUCGACCGCAGUAUUCGGAUUUGGGAUCUGCGUAUGGGUUCUAUUUUCGAUGCCUACGCCUAUGACCGACCCAUCACCAGUAUGAUGUUUGACGCUAAGCGCAUUGUUGCCGCUGCGGGCGAAAACGUCGUUAAAGUCUACGACAAGGCCGACGCCCAUCACUGGGACUGCGGCCCUGGUGUUGGUAUCGACGACGACGACCAGGGGCCCUCCCCGGCAACCGUCGAGCGUGUGCGACUCAAGGAUGGUUACCUUGUCGAGGGUCGUAAAGACGGCACGAUGGCCGCUUGGACCUGCUAA